AUGUCUACAUCAUCACUAACCACAGAUCAGCAGGUCACCUUUCAAUACUGUAACGAAGCGGUCUUAGAGCUACAUUGUUCACCGUUUGGACUAAGUGGUAUAUAUAUUAGAAUUGCCGAGGCGGCAAUCAUGGGUAUCGGUUCAACCUUGGGACUGAUUACAGGAAGCACACGCGGAUUAAUACAUUACAACAAUGCCAGCGAUCUACAGGAUCAAAAGUAUAAGCUUUAUGUUAUCAUAGAUGAAGAAGGUAUGUUGCGGAUCGACUUUACCAAAAUCACAAUUGAGGAAAAUGAGUCUGAAAAUGGUAGCAAGGGUGAUGAGGAGGAACAGUUACCGGAUUUGAUAUUCAAAGGCCCCUGUCCUGAAGGACGACCUGAUAAUGUGGAACCAUUCAUAGGUAUAUUUAGCUUUGAAAAGGAAUAG